AAUAACCAACCUCACCGUAGACAGUCACAAUGCCCCGCGCUGAGGACUCGCGCAGCUCACUAGAGCAGAGGUACACGUCACAUUCAGCGCGAGGAGCUACUGUUUGGAGAGAUGACCACGCGCUCACGGCCCAGGGGCAGCAGGGCUGUAGAUGAGCACUGGUGCUGCGCUUUGAAAGUCUUCUGCUAAGAGCUCUGUCAGUAUGCAGUGUUUGUGUAUGUCUAUGAGGCAUGCUUUAGGGAUCUGCAGGUAUGUCAGUGUACCAUGCUUACCAUGCUCAUCUGUAUCACUGCAGCAAAACCACAUCCUUCAUCCCAGGUACAGCAGUACGACAGUAAAGCGGAGUACGACGUCCUACAGCUACGUGAUAGCUGGGGCGGGAUCCGCAGGCUGCGUGCUGGCCAACCGCCUCUCUGAGAAUGUUUCUGAUUCAGUGCUCCUGCUGGAGGCAGGGCCUAAAGAUAUGCAGCUCAGCAGCACCCGCCUGUCCUGGAAGAUUCACAUGCCCGCCGCGCUGACGUAUAACCUCUGCAAUGACAAGUUUAAUUGGUUUUACCACACGUUACCUCAGGCAGGCAUGGAUGAGCGGGUGAUGUACUGGCCUCGCGGGCGAGUUUGGGGCGGCUCAUCGUCACUCAAUGCCAUGGUGUACAUCCGCGGGCAUGGCGAGGAUUAUAACCGCUGGCAGAGAAAGGGUGUCGAGGGCUGGGAUUAUGAUCACUGUCUCCCAUACUUCCGGAAAGCCCAGACACAUGAGCUGGGAGCGGACCAGUACCGAGGGGGUGACGGGCCACUGCACGUCUCGCGAGGAAAGACCGAUCACCCUCUGCAUCACGCGUUCAUCGAAGCAGGUCAGCAGGCGGGUUACCCCUUCACUGAUGAUAUGAAUGGAUUCCAGCAAGAAGGAUUCGGGUGGAUGGAUAUGACCAUCCACAAAGGUAAACGAUGGAGCACAGCGAGUGCUUACCUUCGCCCUGCCCUGUCCAGACCCAACCUGACAGCAGAGGUUGGUUGCAUGGUGACCCGCAUCCUUUUUGAUGGGACGCGAGCACGAGGGGUUGAGUUCCAGCAGAAUGGACAGACGAAAAAGGUGUUUGCUGAUAAGGAGGUGAUUCUCAGUGGAGGAGCCAUUAACUCUCCUCAGCUCCUACUGCUGUCUGGAGUAGGAAAUGCAGAUGAGCUUCACAAACUUGGUAUUCCUGUGACUCAACACCUCCCAGGUGUGGGCAGUAAUCUUCAGGAUCAUCUGGAGUUGUAUGUUCAGCAUCAGUGUACUCAACCCAUCACACUGUAUAAAGCACAGAAGCCUUUUCACAUGCUGAAGAUCGGUCUGGAGUGGCUCCUAAAAUUCACAGGUUAUGGAGCUACAGCUCAUUUGGAGAGUGGCGGUUUCAUUCGCAGUCAUCCCGGCGUUUCUCAUCCUGAUAUUCAGUUCCACUUCCUGCCCUCGCAGGUCAUUGAUCACGGACGUGUUAAAUCCAAGAUUGAAGCUUUCCAGGUGCACGUUGGACCCAUGAGGAGCAUGAGUGUCGGUUGGAUCAAACUGAAGAGUAAAGACCCCCAUGUCCACCCCAUCAUCCAACCAAACUACCUCUCCACUGACACUGAUGUUUGGGAGUUCAGAGAAAGUGUGAAGCUCACACGAGAAAUCUUCGCUCAGAAAGCCUUCGACCCAUUCCGCGGCCCCGAGGUGCUGCCCGGUCCUGCCGUCCAAUCAGACGCAGAGAUUGAUGCAUUUGUCCGGCAAAAGGCAGACAGCGCCUACCACCCAUCUUGCACAUGUAAGAUGGGCGAAGCCUCUGACGUCAUGGCGGUGGUGGAUUCUGAGCUGCGUGUGCACGGUUUGGAGGGGCUGAGAGUGGUGGACGCAUCCGUCAUGCCCUGCAUUGUUAGCGGCAACUUGAACGCCCCCACGAUAAUGAUUGCAGAGAAAGCUGCCGAUGUCAUUAAAGGGCUUCCCUCACUCCACGACCCACAAGUGCCAGUUUACCAACCCGACAGUCUACAGACACAGAGAUAACUUUGACAUUUGACCUAGACCAGAUAUGAUCAUACAUGCAUUUUUAAAGGGAUCAUUCACCCAAUAAUUAUGAGGUUCAUUUAAUUGACCCUCAUGAUCUUUCAAACCUACAUGACUUCCUUUAGCAGAAUGCUCACGCUGCUCUUUUCCAUACCACAACCACAUCUGUCAAGCUACAAAAACAUAAUAUCAUAAGUGUUCACUAUAUUCCAAGUCUUCUGAAGUCAUUCAAAAGCUUUGUGUGAGGAAAAAAGAAAAAUUGUAUUUACUCAUAAUCUUCCCUUCUGCUGAAGCUCUUACAUCUUAUUAUCCAUUCUGCAUAUUAAAUCUGGCACAUCAUGUUCAGGUACGAUUAGAGGUUGAAUGAUAUAUUGGAUUCACUGAUUAAUCUGGGCCGAUAGUUGCUUUUUUUAACUAUUGGCUUUUGGAGAAAAUCAACUCUGAUAGUUUUUGAUAUAAAUUUGUCUAAUCUAUCAGUUUGCUACAGAAGACAUUAAUUGAUUGACUAGUUGUGUGGAUUACUUUUAUGCUGCCUAAUAUGCCUUUUGGACCAUCAAAUAGCCAGCAGCAUCACGGCACCCAUUCACUUUCAUUGUAUGGACAAACAGAGCUGAAAUGUGCUUAUUAAAAUCUUCACUUCGGUUCUGCUGAAGAAGGAAUGUCAUACACAUCUGGGAUGGCUUAAAGGUGAGUAAAUCAUUAGAGGAUUUUUUGUUGAAUUAACCCUUUAAUACGCGGUUUUGAAUAAAAAUAAACCACUUGUGAAUUUGUGCAGAUCCGUAGAGUUUUUGUUUUCUGAGAUUUAAAGGCAUCCAAUAUGUUCCAGUCAGUGAUUAAGUGAUUUUAUUAGUUAAUUAUCAGUAGUAAAUCAAUCAUUAAUGCCAUCAGAAGACUAAGGACUAGCAAAUUACAUUGCCCUUUUUCUCUCUCCCAUUCUUGUACAUCAUUCAUAUAUAUAAUAUGACAAUAAAAUUAAAUAAUAAAUAUCGUCAGUAGAGAUGAAGCAUACCGUCACAGAUAGCGAUUUCCCAUGUAUUCAUAGAUGAACCCACAUUCUUCACACAGAUCUAUGUGUAGCGAUAUACGUACAUAUUAGUGUUCUUUUCAGCUUAAUAUAGCUUCUCCGCCUUUGGAGAGCUAUAUUUUUACAUUAUAACAUUUUGUUCUCUUUAGUCCAACAGUCUCAUUUGAAGUCAUCACAUACAGUGUCGUUUUUAACUGACCGCAUACGUUCAGCUAAAAAAAAUCCUACCCCACCAUGUUUUCAAACUAAAAACAAGUGCAGCCGCGUUGAGGUCAAUUCUGGCAAACAAGGUCACUUAGUUUUAAUGGCAUUUGGUGUUGACAUGUGAAUGAUAGCAAUACUGAGAAAAAAGACAGGAAGUAGUUUCAUGUGUGAACAGCACCUCUGGUACAUUUACCAGUAAAGGCAACCCAAGGAUUUUCUUGUAAUUUGCCUGGUUGCAUGUGUGACUGUGGCUAAUGACAUCAAACAUGAUGCAAUUUUUAAUCUGAACAAGGAAGAAUAUGACAUUUUGGAGCUUAAACGAAGAUUUUCAGUGAGUCUCAAAACUUCAGAAGACUUGAAAUAUAGUGCAAUAGUCACAUGGACAACUUUUAUUAAACUUUAUGAUCAAUUUAUGGUGAUUUCAGGGUGUUCUUUGGUCCUUUAUGAAGCAGCUAUUGUUACUAUGAAGUGUUGCAUGCAGAUUCUUAAACAUGUCACACGUUUGUUCCACUGAAAUGGGUUUUGAAUGCAUACAAAAAGCACAGCGAUUUGGAACGACAUGAGGGGGAGUAAAUGACACAAUUUAUAAUUUUGGGUGAACUAUGAUAGUCAGCAUAAAGUGUUUAAUUAAAUAGGUUUAUACAGGAUAAUGGUACUUGUGCGUACUGUCAGAAAGCCAGUUUUCAUACCAUGAAUUAAUCAACUUUUGACAUGACCUUAAAGUGUCUUCCACAAUGUCCUGUAAACAGCCAGUUCAGUGUGUCUUAAAUUUUUAUGUUUACUACAAUAAUUAAUGCAGCUAUAAAGAUGUGAAUGCUAAUGAAUGAGCACAACAUUAUGUGAUGAUAUAUGUAACUGUAGUUUAAUGUAGACAUGUGAUCAGGGACCUUGAGUAACCUAACGUCAAGCAGCCUUUGUGUGGUAAAUGUGAGGUUUUAUGCCUUAAAUGAAAGUUACUAAUAUAACAGUGAUUGAACAUUUACAGCUUUAUAAGAUUUAUAGCUCAUAUUUGACCAAUCAGUAUAUAUGAUGAUUGCAAUUAUGUAUGAAAACGUUUGAUAAUUAUGAUCAAAACAUUGAAUUAGCUAACAAUAGAAAUUUUUAAUAUCAAGUGUUUAUCUAUGCAAAUUACUGUUUAUUGUUUACAUUGAGAGAGAGAUUUUAGACUUCUUGUGUAACAUUUCAAGAUUUUUUAUGCUGGUACAUUGUUCUUGUUUUACCACUGUUACAUUUUAUUUGAUUAAUAGUGUAUUAUAAAAUUGUAAUGUGUAAAAAUUAUAUACAAAAACAGUGUUCUUAUUUAACAGACUGAAACUGCACAUUAAAAGCGCU